AUGGUGAAACGGUGGCGUGGAGGGUGGGUAAGAGAGAGACGACGCCGACCACCGUUUUCCUCCGUUCACCGCCGUGCAUCCAGACCCCGUUCCACCUCCAACACAAAUUACAUAACACCUGACUCAGGGUCCGCUGCCUUCAACUUCACCAGUCAAGAAGGCGGAACUCUCUCACGAAUCACGAUGACAAUGAUAAUCGAAGAAGAACCAAAGACGGUAGAGUUCAAGUGGGGGAUAAAGCGUGGAAAAGGAGGCAAAAAGGGAAACAUGCAGUUCUAUGAAUCAUUCACCUUGAAUGGUGUUGAUUAUGCGCUUUUUGAUACUGUUUAUAUUAAAAAUGGAGCGCAACCCGAACCUCAUAUUGGAAAAAUCAUCAAGAUAUGGAAAACUCCUAGUGAAAAGUCUAGGAAAAUUAAGGUUCAGCGGUUUGUUCGUCCGUGUGAGAUCUCGAAGCUUUUGACCGGGAUUAAGAUUUAUUAUAAUGAAUUGUUCUUGACUUGUGGUGAUUGCACUGAACUUGCCACAAUCAAUCCUCUGGAAUCUAUUACUGGGAAAUGCAAUGUUGUUUGCAUUUCUAAGGACUCUAGGAAUCCACAACCAUCAGAUGUAGCAUUUCGGAAAGCUAGCUUUGUGUUUUAUCGUUACUUUGAUGUUGGGCAGCGUAAGAUAGUGGAUGAAGUAGAUGACAAGAUUGCUGGAAUUGAUGUUAAAAACUUUUUUAACAAAACGGCAUAG